AUGAAUGGCAGAGAGGAGCUUUCCCAUUUCCUGAGGGUGACCAAUCAUAGCAUCGCAUCGCAGGUCAACUCUCCACCUGACGACAACCUUAAAAACCGAAAAUACCCGUGUCCGCUGUGUGGCAAGCGCUUCCGAUUCAACAGCAUUCUGUCGCUCCACAUGAGAACGCACACCGGGGAGAAGCCCUUUAAGUGCCCGUACUGCGACCACAGGGCAGCACAGAAGGGCAACCUCAAGAUACACCUUCGUACCCACAAGCAAGGCAUUCUGGGAAAAGGACGUGGGAGGAUAAGGGAGGAAAACCGCCUCCUGCAUGAACUUGAAGAGCGUGCCAUACUACGGGAUAGACAGAUGAAGACCGGGCAAGUUCCGACGAAUGCUAAUCCGAAAGUUAACCAGGAUCAGGAUUCACCUGUGUUCCAGACAGUCGUAAAUUCAUCCCAGUUUUUGUCGGAAACCUCUUCGCAUACCUCCACGUCACCUGUCGCUUCCAUCCAAGACGAACCAUUAGCAGGAUCACCACCCGGAUUCCGGUGUUCUUUCUGCAAAGGCAAAUUCCGAAAGCAACAAGAGCUAGAUCGCCAUAUCCGCAUCCUCCACAAACCCUACAAAUGUACCUUGUGUGACUUUGCCGCUUCCCAGGAAGAAGAACUCAUCGGUCACGUGGAGACGGCUCACAUAACUGCCGACCAGGGUGCCAAGGCGGCCACAAACGGGUCAAGCGAGAAGUCAAAGUCAAUCGGCGAAUACCCUUGCGAGGUGUGCGGACAAACCUUUAGCCAGGCCUGGUUUCUUAAAGGCCACAUGAGGAAACACAAAGAUUCUUUCGAGCACUGUUGCCAGAUCUGUGGCCGACGCUUUAAAGAGCCCUGGUUUCUCAAGAACCACAUGAAAGUCCACCUCAACAAGCUAGCAGCUAAAAGCAAUCAUUCUGAACAUCCUUCUAUCGGCAUGCUAACUCAGGAGCAUCGAGGCAACAUCUAUUCUCAGUACAUGGCCAGAAUUCACGAUCGGUUUAUUUCCGAUAGAGAGCAGAAUGAUUAUAACAAUAUGAUUGGAGUGGACAUCAAAGUGAGAGAAAUGUUGCAGAGGAUGGCGUCUCCGAGUGCGCCAAUGGCCGAUCUGGAAAGCUUGAAUCGUCUUCACUCUUCUCUCAGCUUGGAAUACCUCCAGAAGGCAGUGGCUGAGAACAGCAGAGGCAGUGGAGGUGGUGGUGGUGGAUAUUCAGGAUGGCAGAUCAUGGCUCCAGGAAUGGCCUCCUCCGAUCAGGGAAUGUUCUCGAGUCAGCAGGGCGCCACCUUCCCGCCUGAAGAUGGAGAUUCAGAGGCGAUGAGUAGACCCAACAGCACCGACGAGGGCCAUCUGACAGAGAUCAUGGCGGAGACGGGGAACUCUAGCAGCAGCUUGGAACACACGCCACAGUCCACUUCACCCAUGACAGGUGAGAAAAUCUUCAGAUGCCCGCCCUCCGCUGACUUUGCCCCAGGACAUGCCGCCUCCCUGGGUUUCCAACUGGAGAGAUUCCCUUUCUCUCCCUGGCAAAGCCCCCCAGACCUCUCCAGCACAAGCCCCCCCAAACCGUGCCCCAGCUCCAGAGACUUCAGCUCAACCCCGAGUCCCUUCAUCAGACUCGACGGAGACAGUCCUCCCAUGAUGAGCAAAGAUGUGGAGUCUUCUCUCCCCAAGAAGUCGCAGUUUGAGCCUUUGGACUUGUCGGUGAAGCCAGAUUCCCUCGGUUUUUACGCCAAUGGACUUUCUCCUAACAUGGCGCGCAGGCUGCAAACUUUCGCCUUCGAGAGCGACCUCAAAGCCACCGACGGCGUUGAUCGAUCCGACUCUAACGGGGAAGCAGAGAAACCCGAGUGUGAAGGUGACAAUUCUGCAAAAUGGGUGAAAAAUAACUUUAUGCAAGACGUGGCCAGUUUCCAGAGUUUCAGUGAGAAACUUGAGACGGCGGCGCAGUGGGGCAGAGCCAUGAGCGAGUCUCCCAUCGCCUCUCUGGAGAGUUUGAACCCGGGGCAGGCUCUUUCUCUGCAGCAUCAAGUGGGCCUCCUGUCCUUCCUGAGGUCCCAGGCCAGUCUGAGCCCGGGGUCGGCCGCCGCGGUGAACGGGGGUGCGGCGAAGGAGGCUGCAUCAGGUAAUCAACACUGA